UAAAGUUCGAGACUUUCUAGUAUAUACGCAGUUUUUCCUUUAUCAUCGACUUGCUGUGGAGGCAGGAACAAAAGAUUUUUAGUUUAUUAUUAAAAAAUGUCUUUAAAUACCGCUCAUGCUGAUCAUGGCGUUUUAAUACAUGCUGGAGAAGUUAUCAUCUUAUUUUCCGAUAAUGUAACUGUGGAAUUCUAUGGAAAUGAGACAUCUGAAUUUAAAGGCACAAAAAAUGGUCGUAUGUAUCUUACAACUCAUCGCAUGAUAUACAACUCAAAGGCUAAUUCAGAUGCACUUCGGUCAUUUAGUUUUCCUUUCAUAGCACUACAAGAUGUGACUGUGGAGCAACCUAUGUUUGGUGCAAAUUAUAUCAAGGGGAAAGUAAGGGCACAACCAAAUGGGAAUUUCAUUGGAGAAGUCAAAUUUAAACUAACAUUCAAGUCUGGAGGAGCAAUUGAAUUUGGACAGGCUAUGCUAAAAGCAGCACACCUUGCAUCAAGGCACACUUCACCGAAUGCACCACCACCACCUUACACUCCACCUUCUGGACCUUGGUAUGCUGCCCCUCCUCCGGCGUACGCUCCUCCACCACAAGGAUAUUAUGGCUGGGUGCCACCAUAUACUGCAUUUCCCGAUCAACCAUCUCCAAACUCUGUCUUCGUAUCGAAUAAUCCACCUCCUUACCCUGGUGUGAUGGGUGCUACAUAUCCACCGGGAGCAGGAUUCUCCGGUGCUGCUGGCCUUAGCCCCACAGGUGUGCAAAACAAUGGUUAUCCGGGUAAUAUGCCACCACCGGGCUACCCGGGUAAUGCAAACAUGCCGCCUCCAGGCUACCCAGGCGGCUUUGUCCCAGGUGCACCCAGCAUGUCAUCAAGUGAUGCUAAAGCAGCAGAGGCAGCUCAGAGUGCUUACUAUGAUCCAAAUAAGCCCCAAACAGCUUAUGUACCACCACCCUACAAUGAUCAACCACCGACUUAUCAGGAGUCUACGUCAAAGAAAGACAACUAAUGCACUGUCCUCACUACCACAUGGACACUCCCCGCCACACGGCUUAUUUUAACUCAAAUGAGACUUAAUAAGCUUUGUAUGUUUCACAAAAAUAAA